AUGUAUAGAUAUCAAUCUAGUGGAAGAUCGUUGACUUUAACACCAGAAUCACAUCGAUGGGCAGACAAAGUAGCAUAUCUAAAUGCUCAACAAUUAUAUUCAAAAAAUGCAACUGAAUCAACACCUGAUCCACGAUUGUAUAACAAAUCGUUCUUCAAUAGCUAUAUUAUCUCUCACAUAAUCUCAUUCAUUCAGAAGUAUGUUUAUUAA